CGUAGAGAUUCCUUUUAAGGGGUUUGAAAUUCCAUAGGCAUUAUGACUGAAAACAAACCCGUAAACUACCGUGGCAAUGAAGAUGUAGCUGAACACAAGCCUUUCAGAGCAACGAAAAUUUGGAAAGAUCUCAUCGCACAUCUUCGAACCCAAGUCGAGCCACGUCGAAGGCGGUGGAAGUUUCAGUAUUACGAGAAUUGUUUUCGUGGUGGAGAUGUUGUUGAAGUACUCCAUUCUUACAUUCAGAGCAAUCCACUAUUAUCGAAAGAAGCCACUCGCUCCCAGGUCAAAUCUUUAUGUCAGAUUUUGGUGGAAAGAAGAGUAAUCGAGUGUGUUUGUGUUGACAGCAGUAAAAGAGACACCUUCGAGGAAAACAACAAAUUGUACAGAUUUUCGUCCGGAGAUGGCCCCCUGGAACACGUAUUUCCUUCCCCCCUUCAACAGAAACAGAAAGUAAAUAGAAGGAGGAGUCUUCUUGGUGAAAAGGAGAAGAAGCCGGCGAGCAGGAGAAAGUCAGUGAGUUUUACACCAAGGGCUCAAAAACGAUUCGCUGAUCUUCUCAUGUCCUCAAAAUCUCCUGAAAUUUUUAACACAAGGACACAUGAAGCACCAAAGAAACGAAGAAGGCUUAGUCUUGACCCUGGUCUUAUGAUGAGAAAGAACAAGUCAACCAUGUUCCCUGAUUCAACUGAUCAAGCAGAUUUGACAAGCAAAGUGUGGUUUGAAGUGGCUCUAUCACAACUCCUUAGACUUACCGAUAUUCCUUUCCUUGAGGACAUAUUGACCUUGCCAUUGACAGAUAGGAGAACUGGAUUUCUAGCAAUCCACAAUAGUGUCCAGGAACCUUGUAUUCAUAAUGAUAGUCAAAACAAGGAGAACAUCAGCAAUUCAAAGUCAAGCAAUGUUUGGGUUACAGCUGGCAUGGAGUGCAUUGAGUUGCAAAAAGAAUGUCCUUUAGCACAGCGUGGUGAAGACAGCUAUUCAAAUUUGAAGAACAUUGAUAAAGCACAAAUUCACCAGCUUUUAUCAGAAUAUUAUGGAUCACUAGAGGACUCAUUGAUUCCUUCGAACCUAACUGACUUGGUGGAUGGUAUUCUCUCAGUUCUUGUCAAAGACUGGAAAAAGACUGCAAAGUUUCUGCCACUGUUGGUUAUGAUGCUUGGAGAAAGUCAAAGGAAACACCUUAGACAUUUGUUGACUUUUAUUGGAACAACUGAGGGAACAAGCAAUGGAAGGUUUAUUGUGAAGAAGUUCAUGAGUGCUAUCUUACCAAAAGAUGUUAAAGAUAAAGGGUCAGCCCAUAAAUUGGUUUCACUAAUGGUGAGGAAUCAGUGCCACAUGUUCAAAGUACCAUCUGAACUUAAAGAGAAAUUAAAAAGAAAUAUCUUCUUUGCUCAGAGGGAUAUUUGCCCAUCCUUGCCUUCCACUGUUUGUCAACAAAUGUCUCUUGAAGAAUACAGAAUGCAAGCAAAGCAAACAACAGGUGAAGCCUUGAACAAGCUCAUGCUCUUUAUCAUUGAAAACCUACAAAUGAGUGUAAAAGAAAAGGAGGAGCAGCUCAAGCUUUUUCAGAAACACCAUAAUGACUUGUUUUUAGAGCAGUUUCCAAAUGGACAGUUGUGAAAAGAAAUAGCUCUUCUAAACUGUUUCCAAAUGGAAGUGUCCAAGUAACAAGUAUAAGGUUUUGCUAUAAUGCUUGGAAUAGAGAAAAAGGCCAAAAUCCCAGAGAUGAAUUGACAUAAGUGUCUUAAAAUUCUUGUUACAUGCAGUUGAGCUUGGCCAGUGGAAUAUUUUCACUCCCACUAGGGUCCCACUAGCCAAAGUUUUGGUUGAAUGAUUGAUCACUAUUUAAGUCUUUAAAUUUGUUGGUAAAUUAUAGCUGAAAAAUGCAUUUGAGCAGGAAAAUUAUUCAGGGAGGUAACUUUAAAAUUUGAACUCUUAAUUAAAUCAUAUAUUUAAUAGUAUUUAAAAGUUACUAUUUAUUGAAACAAAAAAAUGGGGUGAUGUAUUGAAAAAGGUUCAUGUAUUUGUUGAGUAUGAGUUUCCAUUGAUGUACUGUUUGGGUGGACAUCACCAUUCAUCCUCACCCUCCUUGAUAACUUCAUGUAUUUAGAAUAGCCUUAGGUUUGCUAAAUUCUCAGGCAGUGGGGGCUGUGAAAACGAAAAUGGGAAAGUCAAAAUAAAGCAGUUAUCCCUCCAAGUGUUGUCUCUUGUUUAUGCUUCAACUUUUGUGCUUGUUCCUACUGUUCAGUUUUAACAAAAAGUUUAACUUAGCAAUAAGGGGUGGGUGCUGGUUCUAAUGAUUUCAAACAAUAGCUGCAAAAAAAUUACAAGAAACUGCAAAUACACCUCCCUAUUUACAGAAAGAGCUUUUAAUUGUUUUUGUUGUUGACUUAAGAUUGUUUGUUUUCAAGAUUUACAGCAUCUUGAUUGAAGCUUGACCUAAAUUGAAAUUUAAUUGUAACGAUGAUAGUAAUAGUAGAAAAAUCGAUGCACAACAUGAAGACAAUUUGAAACUAAUCUACAUACUACAGUUACUGUAAAUGAUACUUUCAUUGUUUUAUUAUGAGAGACCAGUAACAAAAAAAUCACAACAUCUGAUAAAUGUUUUGUAAAAAUCUUCAGUGACCCACAGUUCAUUUGUCAAACUUCCUAUAAGAGCUGAUGUCGUGAGAAAUAUUUCUUUUACUCUGAAUGAGCAAACACAAGUAGAGCUCAGAAAGCAGAAGUUGACCACAAUUGUUUUAGCAUUUUUUGCAAGUAAUUCACACAAA